GAGCGUUGACCCUUAUGUCUUGGGACACUCUGUACAUGCAUUGAGAUUGACCACAAAUGCUAUAGAUUAGAAACAUUUUAAAACGGACAUAACAUAAAGAUAUUCCUAUAAAGAUAUUAAAAACUCUAUUUUUGAACAUAAACAACAGAUAUUCAAUUUAAUUCAAAUUCAAAAAUAUACUGUAAAAGUCAUAUCCCAACUAAUUUUAUUACAAUAUUUCCAACAUUUUAAAUAAAAUACUUCAAUCGAGUUGUGCAUCGCAAACAUUCAUUGUGCAUUACAAUGCAUAUUGUAACGAGUUCAACGCUCCCUUGUUCAAGAUCAAUCGUAUCCAAGGACGUGCACUUGAAUCAAAAUGGAAAUAUACCCUAUGCUUUCACCGCGGGUGAAUAGCGACGGAUAAAGCUACUUUUAACGUGGUAUUCGUUUCUGAUAGCGACAGAACACGUUAUGUCUCGCGCGUAACUACUUUCGAUAAAUUCCUCGACGAGAUAUUUCUCAAGUUUAUUUUCGGGAUGGCACGAAUUAAUUAUUCGAUACGCGAAUACGAUACAUGUUACAUUUGCCCUUAUCUGCUUUUUCCAAUACAAUUCUACCUCACUCUGUUCAAUUUGCCACUCCAACUUUCCGCCCACACAAAAAAAAGACAAGACGACUGAUAACGUCGUCAAAAUAAACUAAAAUAUAUAUACACGCACACACGCGCACACACAUAUACAAGAAUACAUAUGAAUGGAUGUUACAACGCUGCAACGAUAGAGCAAUACGAUUGUGAUGUGAGAGGCACAGGAUUUCCAACGAAGUUUGCCUGUUGUCCAGCCGUCCUAAAGGGACAACUAGAACGCCGUGAGAGGGUGGGAGUCUCUAUAUUAAACUAUGGGCGAGACUUCUGCUGAAAGCCAGUCGUUCGCGGAGCGUUGAAACAUACGUGAAGGAUCUACUCCGCGUCUGCCAGCUCUCGGAAGGACUACUAAAUAUUUGUCCAUCCUCAAGUUAUAUCGCCUUGAAACCGUGUCGGUUCGUCGAUUCCAUCGUCACAAUCACUUACGUUAGAGACUAGAAAGAAACUAUUCACAAAAAGCUCGAAAAGCGAUUUGAUUAUAAUCAUCGAUCAAGAAGACUGGAAGAAACUAAAAAAAGAUUCGAAAAAAUCUAGACCUUCUCGCCAAAAAAAGCCGGUUUCAAGAAUGAGGCUGAUUGCAUUAAAAUUGGUGUCGUGCCUGUUUACAAUGUUACUACUCGCAGUGAUCACCCUCGAAUAUCCCGCUAGCAACAGUGAAGCAGCGAUCGAGAACAUGAGGCAGAUUCCGCAAUGGCAUUGUCUCCGCUAUAGAAAGUUCGAUUUUGUUCGUCGGUGUCGAAAUUAUCGUUUAGGAAGAAGACACUGACAAAUGGACAUUCAAUACGAUCCACGAUUGACAAUUAUAAUGUCUUACGGCAAAUUUCAUCGUCCGAUUGUGCAAGACACAUCAUUUCAAGUUGUUAAACUAAAUAAGUUUAAAUUUAUUUAAAUUAGUUUAAAUUAAAUUAUAGACAUCUUCAUAAAAGCAUUUAUGUUAAAAAGCAACAAUAAUUUAAAAUGUAAUUCUACUAAAAAAUCGACAUAAAUGCAAUUGACAAUCAU